AUGCCUCCCAAGAAGAAUGACAAGGGCGCCAAGAAGCCGGCCGCCGGCAAGGCUCUCGAGGACAAGACCUUUGGUAUGAAGAACAAGAAGGGCGGUGCAGCUCAGAAGCAGAUUGCUCAGUUGCACUCAUCGAUGAAGAACGGCGGUAGCGCCGAGCAGAAGCGCAAAGAGGCAGAGAAGGCACAAAGGGAGAGAGAGAAGAAGGCGGCAGAAGAUGCCAAGAGGGAAACUGAGAUGCUCUUGAACAAGCCCGCUCAGAUCCAAAAGGUACCUUUCGGCGUUGAUCCCAAGACUGUUGUCUGCAUUUUCUUCAAGAAGGGCAACUGUGAGAAAGGCAAGAAGUGCAAGUUCUCCCACAACCUCGAGGACGAACGAAAGACGGUAAAAAAGAACUUGUACACGGACACCCGCAAGGAAGAGGAGGAGAAGAAGAAGGCCGAGACAUCUGCAGACUGGGACGAGGAGAAGCUCCGUUCCGUCGUCCUUUCCAAGAAGGGCAACCAACAGACUACUACAGACAAAGUUUGCAAGUUCUUUGUCGAAGCCAUCGAGGAUGGCAAAUACGGAUGGUUCUGGAUCUGUCCAAACGGAGGUGACAAGUGCAAAUACAAGCACGCCCUGCCCCCUGGAUUCAUCCUGAAGACCAAGGAGCAGCGGGCUGCCGAGAAGGCCUUGAUGGACAAGUCUCCCCUCAAGACUCUCACCCUCGAAGACUUCCUCGAGUCUGAACGACACAAACUCACUGGAACCCUCACACCAGUCACGCCAGAGACAUUCGCCAAGUGGAAGAAGGAUCGUUUGGACAAAAAGGCCGCCGAGGAACAGGCCAAGAAAGCCAAGGAAGCAACUGGUCGUGCCCUGUUCGAAAGUGGCAACUGGCGGACAGCAGAGGACGAAGACGAAGAAGACGAAGACGACGACGACGGAGUUUGGAACUUGGAGAAGCUGCGGGCCGAGACUCAGGCUCUCCGCGACAAGAGGGAAGAGGAGCGUUUACUGGCUCUCAACGGUGGCACGCUUCCGCCGGUGGUACCGGACACGGCAGCUGCCGGGGCGUCAGGAUCUUGA